AGCAUGCACAAUGGCUGUUGUAUUACUAGGAUUAUGGAUCGUUCAGCCUGUUUACCUGCCUAUUACGUAUUAUCACCGAACGAAAAUAUAUCUAAGCAUGAUAUAUCUAAGCAUGCGGCUGUGCAAUUGACUCAUAGGCAUUAUUAUUGCCCGGUGUGUCUGUCGUCUCUCGCUGAUUGGGAUGAUUAUCAACCUGCCAACCAUUACUAAAACUGCCACUUGGAAAGGUAGACGUACAGCUGCUGCAUGGAGAAGAUGUGGCUUCCACGAGGCUGGUAUAACAGUAAUACUAUC